ACAAAUCCCACGGUAGUGAAAACGACGUAUUUCCGGGUCGAAGUUUGGCGGGAUGAGUUAUAGCGAGGGACUCCAACGUUGAGCCAAGUCGCUUCAACAUGAUGGCCACAAACGGGAAAGCAUUCGAAGACGGUCCGGUGAACGGAACCGCGCCGUCACACGUCGCUACCUCCACGGAGGACCGCUUCACCUUCAGCCCGGAGCCCAGCGUGGAGGACAUCCGUCGCAUGCAGGCCGAGUUCACCGACGAGCGCGACUGGAACAAGUUCCACCAGCCCCGCAACCUGCUCCUGGCCAUGGUGGGCGAGGUGGGCGAAGUCUCGGAGCUCUUCCAGUGGAAGGGCGAGGUGGCCGAGGGCCUGCCCGACUGGAGCGACUCGGAGCGGGAGCAGCUCGCCCACGAGCUGAGCGACGUGUUCAUCUACCUGGUGGAGCUGGCCGAGAGGUGCCGCGUGGACUUGCCCCAAGCCGUGCUCCGCAAAAUGGCUCUGAACAGACUCAAGUACCCCGCCGGCAAAGUGCACGGCUCGGCUAAAAAGUACACCGAAUAUAAGGACUGAUUUAGUUUAUAAUUUUUUUUAAAUUUAGUUUAUUUUUAUUUUUUUUAUAUCAUGUGGGAUUUUUGGGUGGUGGCAAUCAUAGCUUUAACUGCUCUUUUGACAUCAUGAAUGCUCUGAAAUAUUUACAUCUUCCGUUACUUUCAGAAAUUUGUCAAUACUUUUAAAAGUAUUUGUUUUUAAUUUCCAUGGCUCAACGAAACCCUUUAAAAAAAACGAGAUCGCAGACACUAAUGUUAUAGCGUAAGUUCUUUUCAUGACGUUACAUGCAUGUAACGGGCAACGUUGUUUUACAUGUGCUUUUUUUCUGUUAAGGUACUAAACCAAAGUAAAAUGUUCUUGAACAGACUACCUUUUUUCGAAGUCUCUCGUAUCUAGGGCUGUCUCUAUCGAAUCUUUUUAGGAUCAAUUCUCUGAUUAAUUAUUGAUCGAAUAAUUGCCCUCCCAAUAUUACAUUUUUUUGUUUUUUGGUACACCCACGAGCUGAAUGAUUUUCCUUACUAAUUCUGAUUUUUCUUGCAGAUUUCAAUCGGAUUCAAGGUGAUAAAGCUUCAGUGCAAUAUUCGCCACGUGCAGUAACAUUUACAAACAUGACCGAAAAUUACAUCAUACCAUCAAAACAUGAUUACUCUAAUAAUGCAAGGAGGAAAACUGAAGGUAAGCUUCCAACUGUAUCCGUUUUUCUUAACAUUUUGUUUACCUUUUUUAACAAGGAUUUUUUUUGCACUACUUUUACUCAAAGACGCAUUUUUAAUGAAGUAUCAACUUAAAUGCAAAAAAAGAGAUGCAAAUACAAUCAAACGUAAAUAUCUAGUGUCAAAAUACAAUUCAAAAUAUAUGGUAGUAAAACCACUUCAAGGAAUGUACACUUUAGUGUACAAGGAAUCAAGCGAGCUCAGUGUGUCACUCAGCCGCCUGGCAAGGAGAAAGUCCUUGAUGGGAUUCCUUCUUCCCGGUUCUUUUCAUAUUUGGUGGUGAUCUUGUUUCCAAAUCAAAAUCCUGAUACAUUAAACUUGGCUUUUACAUGCAUCCAAAACAGUCGCCGUUUUGAACUUAAAAUAGGCCAUUUACGUGACCAGAAAAAAAACCUUCCGCCGCUUCUGCUGCUAAGAAGUAAUGGUGCUUUUACUCCGUUACUUUGAUCUAAAUCCCGAUCACUACUUUUAUUUAUCAAUUAUUGCAUAUUUAUCAACUAUUUCGUGGGCGGGACAUGCAUUGGGCGCUGUUUCUAAUUUAAGCACUAGUGACGUUGAAGUCUAGUUUACCAAAUUAAACGACACAAGAAAGUCACAUGACCUCACACAACUUCUAUUGGGCUUCCAGGGCAUAGGUAUUAAAACUAUAGGCCACGCUGGCUGAUUGUCGUGCCUACGUGGCGACCAUUUUGGGAAGGUCGUCGUUACCGUGAAGGCAGCGGCGCGCUACUCUUUGUUUACAUUAGACGAACGAAAACAACAGCUUUCAUGUAUUGUAGUAUUUGUCUGGCACUGUCUGCCCAAACGGGGAUGUUUCAGCGCACGUAUAACUUGAGAAAAAAACGUGCAGUAAAUUGCAAAUGUUUUUGUUGUUUAUUCAUUUUUAAAAUUGUUUUUGCCAUUUA